AUGGCGACAUCUGCGUGUAGGUUGUUGCGUUCCAUGCGCAGCAUAAAUCUUGCUUGCGGGUCGCAAUUGCUCUCGGGACGUCGGUUCUUCUCUGACAGAAGCGAGCCGGAACCGUUGACGGUGUGCAGGCAAGACAACGGUAUCAGAAGAAUAAUACUGAACAAUCCCAAAAAGAGGAACACCCUUUCGCUUCGCAUGCUGGAGUCUCUUCAAAAGGACAUCUUGGCUGAUGUGGACAACCAAGAUCUUCGAGUUAUCAUCAUAUCAGCGGAAGGUCCGGUGUUUUCCUCCGGUCACGACUUGAAAGAGCUGACGUCGGCCCAGGGUCGAGAUUAUCACACGCGUGUAUUUCGCACGUGUACAAAGGUCAUGACUCUGAUCCAAGACAUCCCCGUUCCCGUCAUCGCCAUGGUGAACGGCGUGGCUACGGCGGCCGGCUGCCAGCUGGUGGCCAGCUGCGACGUGGCCGUAGCGUCCGACAAGUCCACCUUCGCCACCCCGGGUGUCAACGUGGGGCUCUUUUGCUCCACGCCGGCCGUGGCCCUGGGCCGCGCCGUGCCCAGAAAGGUCGCCAUGGAGAUGCUUUUCACCGGCACUCCCAUCUCCGCCCACGACGCUUUGCUACACGGGCUGCUCAGCAAGGUCGUUCCGGAAGAGCGACUGGAAGCGGAGACGUUGGCCAUCGCCCGGCGCGUGUGCCGGGCCAGCCGACCCGUGGUGGCUCUCGGCAAGGCCGCCUUCCAGAAGCAAAUGUCUCAAGGUCGAGACGCGGCGUACGCCACCGCCUCCGAGGUGAUGGUGGACAACCUGGCGCUUAGAGACGGCCAGGAAGGGAUACGAGCCUUCGUGGAGAAACGCGAACCGGUGUGGAGCCACCGAGCGGAAAAGGCCCACGAUUGA